CCCGUGGCCAACUUGACGGUUAUCAAAAGAAAGCCGUGUAUACAAAAACAUAGAUUAUAAAGAACAAAACAUCGAAUUUUACUGAAUUAAGGCGUUAUUUCGACUAAAAUGGCUCUAAGAACUUACGGAGAUAAGCCUAUAAGUUUCCAGCUGGAAGAUAAUGGAGAGUAUUACUGUGUUGGAUCUGAGGUUGGUAAUUACCUCAGAUUAUUCAGGGGGUCUUUAUACAAGAAAUACCCUGGUAUGUACAGGAGGAGCAUUACGAAUGAAGAAAGAAAGAGGUUAAUUGAUUUGGGGUUAUCCCAACAUGUUUUGGCGAGUAGUGUUUCUUUACUAAGAGCCACAGAAGUUGAGGAUAUAAUUGAGGGAAAUGAUGAUAAGUAUAAAGCUGUCUCGGUGCACACCAGCGAUCCGCCGCUGGUAAGGGAGGGCAAAACAAAAAAAAACAUGCAGUGGGUGCCAUCCUUGCCGAAUUCCAGCCAUCUUGAUGCGGUACCGCAAGCAACACCCAUUAACCGCAACCGCGUGGCCGCAAAGAAAGUACGAACUUUCCCUUUGUGUUUCGACGACACUGACCCUGAAAUUAACGCUGAAAACGCUUGUCAGGGGGAGCUACUGGUGCCGAUUAGGUUGGACAUGGAAAUCGAGGGUCAAAAAUUGCGCGACACUUUCACGUGGAAUAAAAACGAGAGUCUGAUAUCCCCAGAGCAGUUUGCUGAAGUAUUAUGUGAUGACUUAGAUUUGAAUCCUCUUACUUUCGUUCCUGCCAUAGCCCAGGCUAUUAGACAGCAACUGGAGGCUUUCCCCCCCGAACCCCCUGCCAUUAUGGAGGAGUCUUGCGAUCAGAGGGUUAUAAUAAAGCUGAACAUCCACGUGGGUAAUACUUCUUUGGUAGACCAAAUCGAAUGGGACAUGAGCGAGAAAAAAAACAACCCCGAGGAGUUUGCUUUGAAGUUGUGCGCCGAAUUGGGGUUGGGGGGGGAGUUUGUCACCGCGAUUGCUUAUUCUGUUCGCGGUCAAAUAUCAUGGCACGCCAGAACCUACGCCUUUUCCGAAGCCCCAUUACCAACAGUGGAGGUUCCGUUUAGAUCGACCAGCGAAAGCGACGCAUGGGCGCCAUUUUUAGAGACGCUAACCGACGCCGAAAUGGAGAAAAAAAUCCGCGACCAGGACCGCAACACGCGGCGCAUCCGGCGCUUGGCAAACACCACCACUGCGUGGUAAAAAAAAGAAGUUUUAUAAUAAUUAUUUUAA